AAUCCAUAAGAACCCACUUAUGCUAAUCAGCAUUUUUCCACGACGAGCAUGCGCCACACUGUAAUAUGCGCGCAGCCGUGCACAAGCUGUGAUGCUUGUUACUAUGGCAACAAGUUACAACCUCCCAACUCACUGUCUCUGCUCUCUCGCGCACAUCCGUCGCCACUGUCAACAUCUCGCACGGUUCCGCGCGACCCACUGCUCCUCCCCACCACCGCCACGCGGCUUUAAUAACAGCAUCCCUCUGUCAACAGGAUAUUUCCUGAGACGGAAAUACGACGGGGGAAGGAAAAUGGCGCUCAUCCCAUCUCAGAUCCUAAGAGUAGCGAUACUCCUGUCUUAUUUUUCCAUCCUCUGCAAUUACAAAGCCAUAGACAUGCCCGCGCAUCAAACAUACGGCGGUAGCUGGAAGUUUCUAACGUUCAUUGAUUUGGUCAUUCAGGCUGUGUUCUUCGGAGUCUGUGUCUUGACUGAUCUCUCCAGCCUGUUAACAAAAGGCAGCGCAAGUAUGGAGCAAGAGAGACAACUGAAGAAACUCAUUGGACUGCGGGACUGGAUGAUGGCUGUUCUGGCCUUUCCUGUUGGUGUGUUUGUGGUGACUAUGUUCUGGGCUCUGUACCUGUACGACAGAGAUCUGGUUUACCCAAGACUUCUGGACAACUUUAUACCUCAGUGGCUAAACCAUGGCAUGCACACGACGGUCCUUCCUUUCAUCAUUAUUGAGAUGAGAACAACACACCAUCGAUAUCCCAGCAGGUCCUGUGGACUCUUGGCGGUGUGCACGUUUGCGGUGGGAUAUGUUGUAUGGAUGUGCUGGGUACACAGCGUGACGGGGGUGUGGGUAUAUCCUCUGCUGGAGUACAUUGGGCAGACGGCCAGAGUUCUCUUCUUUAUCUGCCUUACGGCACUGAUCAGCGUCUACUACAUCUUGGGAGAGAUUCUAAACAACUACAUCUGGGAUUCCUUAAAGAGCUCCCUGGAAUCAGACAAAGCCAAAACUGAAUGAUGUUCAUCGUGACGUGAACGCCGCCAUAGGAGUUACCCAGCUUCUUUUCUCUUCAUCUAAAUUUAGAUCAGUUUGACUCUGGAGUUCAAAUCAAUAGGAUUGGUGUCAACAGUUACAUUCUUAAAUUAGCUUUUGGUCCCUUGAGACGUUUAUCUCAUCCUCAUUACUGCCAUUGAACUGUUAAGCACAGACCUGUAUCGGCUUGAACGUUAAACCCAAUAUUUUACGUAUGUAAUUUACGGUAUGAAUGUUACAGUAUUUCAGAAUACCUCAAGUAUUGUACGAGCACUGAAUGAUAUUUACUGUACACAUGCUGUACUCCAAGGCCAGUAUCACAAACAAUCACACAUACAACCCGUAUCAGGAAUUGUUCAUUAACCCCGUAAAACAAAUAAGCAACAGGUGUUUAUCCACGACUAUAGCAUAUGUCAGCUGAGAAUGAGCACAAGAUCACUUGUUUGGAUGGGCUGUUGAUCAAACUGUUGGAAACGGGUCACGUGAUCUGAGGGCAGGCUUUUUUGAGCAGAUGCAUUGCAUGAAAUCCAAGCGCAUUGUCGGAAGAGAAACUAACAAAUUGAAAGGUCUUUUCUUGGGUUAUCUCAAAGGGAUGUUUCUUCUAGGGCUGUCAAACGAUUAAUCAUGAUUGAUCGCAUCCAGAAUAAAAGUUUGUGUUUACAUAAUAUAUGUUUGUGUACUGUGCAUAUUAAUUUUGUAUUUAUAAACACAAAAACGCACACAUACAUUUAUAUAUAUUUAGGAAAAUUUAGAUGUAUUUAUUUAGAUUUUCCAAUACUUUAAACUAUAUAUAUAGUUUUUUUAUUUUAUAUUCUUCUUAAAUAUAUGCAGGUACGUUUUUGUGUUUAU